AUGCUCUCGUUCAUCGCCAAGGGCCUCUCAGCGCAGAGCAAACGCUCUAUGAGCACUAUCCGCUACUCGGAGUUUGGCCACCCGCUUACUGUCCUCCGAACGGAGGCAGACGACAAGGAGACGGCGCCCGCCAAGGGUCAAGUGGCUCUCCGGUUCUUAGCUGCACCUAUCAACGUUUCGGACUUGUCGCAGAUCCAGGGCUCGUACGCGAUCAAGCCCCCUUUCCCAGCCGUCAAUGACCGUGUUAUUCCCACGGGCGCUGCCUUUGGAACGUGGCGAAGCAAAGCUCUGGCGGACAGCACGGAGGUGAUGAAGAUCUCGGAGUCGAUCAAGAUUGAAGAUGCAGCAACGUUGUCGGUGAAUCCGUCGACGGCGUACCGGAUGCUGGCGGACUUUACGACGCUCAGCGAAGGGGACGUGGUGAUCCAGAAUGGUGCCAACAGUGCAGUGGGCCAGGCUGUCAUCCAGCUGGCGGCGCUGCGGGGCAUCACGACCAUCAACAUCAUUCGCGAUGACGGCGACUACGACGAAACGGUGCAGCAUUUGAAAAACCUGGGCGCUACGAUUGUGUGCACGGCGGACUACAUGGGCUCGGCCAAGUUCAAAGAGCUGAUUUCCGACUUGCCGGCCCCUAAACUUGCGUUGAACUGCGUUGGCGGCCAGACGAGCCUCGAGAUGGCAAAAGUGCUGGCCAACAAGGGCGUGCACGUCACAUAUGGCGGGAUGAGCAAGCGGGCCGUGUCGGUGAGCACGAGUGCUCUCAUCUUCCGUGACAUUACGCUCAAAGGCUUUUGGCUCACCCAGUGGACCAAAGACUCGACCGUGGAAGAGCGUGCUGCUAUGCUGUCGGAGCUCGCAGAUCUUGUGGAAGCUGGCAAGCUUCGCACGUGGAUCCAAACAUAUAAGUUUGCCGACUUUGAUGACGCUCUGCACGCUGCCGUCAACCGCACGACGAAGCGCAAGGUUGUUCUGCUAAUGGAGUAG